AUUUUAUAUCAUAUCCCCGUCUUCUUCUUCUUUCUCUUCCUCAUCUACUCUUCUCCACGGUAACUAUAGCUUGCGCGCCAGUGCAGAAUGAUGGAUACGGCCGCAGAAUGUUGCGUUCCGCCGGGCUUCCGCUUCCACCCCACGGACGAGGAGCUCGUCGGCUACUACCUCCGGAAGAAGGUGGCGUCGCAGAAGAUAGAUCUCGAUGUUAUAAGAGAUAUUGAUCUUUAUAGAAUCGAGCCAUGGGAUCUUCAAGAAAAAUGUGGGAUUGGAUACGAAGAGCAGAAGGAGUGGUACUUCUUCAGUCACAAAGAUAAGAAGUACCCAAGUGGGACGAGGACGAACCGGGCUACAAUGGCCGGGUUUUGGAAGGCGACUGGGCGGGAUAAGGCGGUGUACGACCGGUCAAAGCUCAUCGGAAUGAGAAAAACCCUUGUUUUCUACAAAGGAAGAGCACCUAAUGGCCAGAAAACCGAUUGGAUCAUGCACGAGUAUAGGCUUGACUCUGACCUCAAUUCUCCUCCUCAGGAAGAAGGAUGGGUGGUAUGUCGAGCUUUCAAAAAGCGGACGACGGGCCAAUCAAAGAGCAGCAAUGAAGGGUGGGAACCAGCAGCAUACUACUACGAUGAAGCAAAAUUUGUGCCCCAAAACUUGUUGUGCAAACAGGAGACAGAAAGCCUACAGUUUGCGCAACUCCCGCAACUAAAGAGCAGCAAUAAUAUUAUUGAAGACGAAGAUCGAUGUUCGAAAAAAGUAAUGGACUGGAGGGAUCUCGACAAAUUUGUGGCGUCGCAGCUAAGCCAUGGGGAUGAAUACCACAGUGAUUCACAAAUGGAAUUGCUUCUGCGGAGAGAAGAAGAGCCACCUCCAAACUUGCUCUCAACUUCUGAUCAUUCUGAUAUUGGGAUUUGCAUAUUUAAUAAAUAAACCUACCCCUCAACUCCCCUGGGAUUUAUACAAUUCUUGUGAACAAAUAUGGAGUAUUAUAUUUGUUAACUAUAUAAAAUAUGAGCUUUCAUUUUUCUUGCUAUU